AUGAAUAAUGCAGAAAUUUCCGAGAAUAGUCAGUUCAAUGGUAAAUCAAGGACGUCUGGCAAAGUUCCUCGACCUUCGCUAGCGAAGCGAAGACAAUCAGAUGAGUUUUCGCAGACUUUCGUGGAAUAUGUUGAUACAGUAGACGAAUCAGAUAAUGAGGAUGAUGUUAGUGACAACUCAUUUACCAAUGACGAUUAUGUUUAUGAUGGCGCGAGUGAGGAUCCCUGUAAACAUUAUGCACCAGCUACGUUUUUUUCAGAUGCCGACGAUGGGUCUGUUGAAUCAGUGUAUAAUAAGGUGCCAAUAGGGAGCGAUGAGGACGAUGUGGACGAUGAGGGCAGCACGGAUACUACAGACCAUGCGGAUGGGGCACACGUUAAUAGAGAAGGUAUAUUGACUCAUCAUCACAUAUCAUCAUCAUAUACUACAGAGAUCCCCGAGUUCUAUGACCCGGAAAAAAUAGUUUAUCCGGGGCUGUCUCCAUACGAGUUCUCGGAUGAGGAAUUUAGUAAGAUGAAUCAUUUCGAGUUUCUCCGAUCUCUAAAUCUGGAAGAGCCACCCUUACUUCCUCCCUACCUUAACUCAAAUCUUCUCGACGAUUCGUCUUCUAAGGAUUAUAAGCAGUACCCUUAUCAAUAUCAAAGCUCUAAUCAUGUCUACAUUAACGAUCAGUAUAGCUAUCAGAUCAACAAUUUGAACAUUAUGGAUAAAUAUGCCGUGAUAAAUUCUUCUGCACCACCUAAAAGGCCGGAUAUAAAUCGAUCUAGUUCUUCGCAAUCUUCUAUCAAAAGUAUUCGAAAUGAGUUACUGAAAAAUAAGGAAGGCCAUCCUAAAUUGAAACACGUGGACUACAUUGAGCAGGUUGAAAAGAGACACAACUUAGUUCCCAGUCACGUGAUGCUUAACCAUUUGAUCACUUCGAACUUGAAGUUGAAUAAGGUGAUGACCGGCUCAUGUAUUCACAGGUAUGGAGGAAAGUUUAUCACGCAAAUAGUAUAUUUUCCGGUUGCUAGCCAAAAGGAAUGA